AGUAAAGAAAGUAUGUAUCACCAUCUUUGAGCAUUCCACCUUCCUCUCAUCUAAUCCAACACAAUACAGAACGCAGCACCAACCAAACUCUCAAUAAAUAAAUCCAUUUCAUUCAAACCCUAUUCCCCAAACUCAAUGGCUUCUUCUCUCAAUCUCUCCACACCCUCUCUCUCGCGUCCACGGGCAUGCAAAAAUUUCAAAUUGCUCAAUGGGUUUAACAGUUUAAGUCCGUCGAUGAUUAAUGUGCGUGGCUCAGAUUUUGCAUUUGUUCGGCUGAGCUCAAAAUUCCCUUCUUGUCGCAAUGCUGCAUUGACCUCUGGAGGAGGAGACCUAAAAAAUGAAGAUCUGGUUGGCGUUGAAUCAGCACAACCUAAUGCAGUAGCGCUUGGAACAUUGGGAGCAGAUACAACUCUAACAGGCAGUGGUUUUUCUGAUGAUAACGAUGACUUUGAUUCGGACAGUCCAACAAAAGGUUUUGCUUCCAUACCAGAGGCCAUCGAAGAUAUCCGGAAUGGAAAGAUGGUAGUGGUUGUAGAUGACGAGGACAGAGAAAAUGAAGGAGAUCUAAUAAUGGCAGCACAGUUGGCAACACCUGAGGCUAUGGCUUUUAUUGUGAAGCAUGGAACUGGCAUAGUUUGUAUAAGCAUGAAAGAGGAAGACCUGGAGAGAUUAGAGCUUCCUUUGAUGGUCAACAGUCGGGAUAAUGAUGAGAAACUCCGUACAGCAUUCACUGUGACAGUGGAUGCCAAAUAUGGUACCACCACAGGUGUGUCGGCUCAGGAUAGGGCAACCACAGUUUUGGCCCUUGCAUCCAAAGAUUCAAAACCAAGUGAUUUCAAUCGCCCAGGCCAUAUUUUCCCGCUAAAAUACAAGGAAGGUGGUAUAUUGAAGAGAGCUGGACAUACAGAAGCUUCAGUUGAUCUUGCAGUACUUGCUGGUUUGGAUCCUGUGGCAGUUCUGUGUGAGGUUGUGGAUGAUGAUGGUUCCAUGGCUAGAUUACCUAAGCUUCGCCAGUUUGCAGAGCGUGAAAAUUUGAAAAUUAUAUCUAUUGCUGACUUAAUAAGGUAUAGAAGGAAGAGAGAUAAACUAGUGGAACGUGCUGGUGCUGCACUAAUACCAACAAUGUGGGGGCCAUUUGAAGCUAACUGUUAUAGGUCACUUUUAGAUGGGAUGGAGCAUAUUGCGAUGGUAAAGGGUGACAUUGGGGAUGGAUGUGAUGUUCUUGUGAGGGUACACUCAGAGUGUCUCACAGGAGACAUAUUUGGAUCUGCCAGGUGUGACUGCGGAAAUCAGUUGGCUCUUGCAAUGCAACAGAUUGAGGCUGCUGGUAGAGGUGUGUUGGUAUACCUUCGUGGACAUGAAGGAAGGGGUAUUGGAUUGGGCCACAAGCUUCGUGCGUAUAACCUACAGGAUGAGGGAAGGGAUACUGUAGAAGCCAAUGAGGAGUUGGGAUUGCCUGUUGACUCAAGGGAGUAUGGAAUUGGUGCACAGAUAUUGAGGGACUUGGGUGUUCGUUCUAUGAAGCUGAUGACAAACAAUCCAGCAAAAUAUGUUGGGCUCAAAGGUUAUGGUUUGUCGAUUUCCGGUAGGAUCCCAUUGUUAUCACUUAUCACAAACGAAAACAGGAGAUACUUGGAAACCAAACGUGUGAAAAUGGGUCACAUGUAUGGCUUGGAAUUUAACAGCAAAUUGAAUGGUAAUGCCAGUAGUGUUGAUGAUUCCAAUACUGCUCCUGGCACAUAAACCUGUUUUUUCCUGUAAGAUACACAAAUUAUGUCGCACAAAACAGAAGAGGAAGGGGAGUGUAAAUUUCUAUACUACUUCAGAUGGAUCUAAGAAGAUUAAAGAAUCCUGAUUCUAGUCGUGACUUAUUUAUUUACUAAUUCAUUUGCACGAUUUUUCUUCUGUCCGGCUCUAUAAGUCAUUUGAAACUUUAUAUAGUGCCAUGUAAUGUGUAAUAGAUGAUAGAAUAGGUGAGGGGCUGAGGGCAUUGUCUAAUGCUUAGACAAAUUUGACGUUAACUUUUCUCGCUUUCUUUGAUGACUUUUGUAGAAAACUAGAGGUUCUGCUUUUGUGAAGGUACCUUGUAUAAGUGAUUAAGGUGCAUUUUUGUGACAAUAAAGGUGCUCUUUGUUGAAGGGUAACUCGUGGAUUGUAAUUUUUUAUUAUAUUAAUUCUCUAAUUAUUAAUAUUACUUUUUUAAA